AGGGAUAGAGAGACUUUUGAAGAACCAGAGGGGAGGAGGAGAGAAGGAAAAGGGAGGAGGAGGAAGAUCCGGAGAAAAAGUUUGAAAGGAAAAAUAGAGAGACGUUUCAGUGGCUCGGGAGGAAAGAAUAAGUGGAGGUUGAAACUGAAGGCACAUACGGCUCAAAGUGUCUCUGUCUCUCUGUGUGUGUGUGGAUUUUACUGGUACCGGGCUCGCCUCGCCUUGCUUCGCGCCCGCUGCUGAGCGUUGUCGGGCGGGUUGGAUGAGUUGGACUUCACGAUGAGGAGCGACCCUGUUCUGUUCUCUUCCAGCAGAGCGAUGGAGGAGCUGGUGUGUGAGCUGCGUCUGUUCCUGGACCUGUUGGACCGGGAGUAUCUGAGCGCCGGGGUUAGAGAGAAGAAGAUGCACCUCUCCAACAUCCUGCACAGAGUCCUCUCAGAGAAAGAGCCUUCAUUCAAGUCAGAGAUACACAGUGGUCUGCCGGCCCCGCCUCAGAUGCCCCUGCCCGAGAUACCUCACCCCUGGCUGCCUCCAAACAGCGGCCCUCCCCCUCUGCCCAGCUCCUCUCUACCAGAAGGCUACUAUGAGGAAGCAGUUCCUUUAAGUCCUGGAAAGGCUCCUGAAUACAUCACUGCCAACUAUGACUCGGACGCCAUGAGCAGCUCUUAUGAGUCAUACGACGAGGAAGAGGAGGAUGGGAAGGGCCAGAAGAUGCGUCACCAGUGGCCGUCUGCAGAGGCGUCCAUGGAUCUGGUGAAGGACGCUCGAAUCUGUGCGUUCCUUCUGCGCAAAAAGCGCUUUGGCCAGUGGACCAAGCUCCUGUGUGUCAUCAAAGAUAACAAACUGCUGUGUUACAAGUCAUCCAAAGACCACACCCCCCAGAUGGAGCUGACCCUGUCAGGGUGCAGCAUCACUCACAUCCCAAAAGACGGCAAGAAGAAGAGGCACGAACUGAAGAUCGUCCAUCAGGGGGCAGACGCACUGGUGCUGGCUGUGCAUAGCAAAGAACAGGCAGAGGAAUGGCUCAAGGUGAUGAGAGAGGUGUGUGUUAAUGGGGGUGUAGACCUGGAUGGAGCUGGAUCUGGAUCACCAGUGCACAAACCUGAACUGGAAAAGGCAUCGUGUGACAGACCGAGCUCCGACGGUGAAGCCCCUCAUGAGAACGGACACAGCGACUGCAAGGACCAAGGAAAAGGAAAGAAGAACUCAAAGUCGGAGCAGAAGACUGGGACGGUGGGGAAGGGAGCAGGGAAGAAGAUCACUAAAAUCAUCGGUCUUGGUAAAAAGAAACCGUCCACAGAUGAGCAGACCUCUUCAGCAGAAGAAGACGUACCCACAUGUGGUUACCUGAACGUGUUGUCCAAUAACCGUUGGAGGGAGCGCUGGUGCCGCCUGAAAGACAACCAGUUGCUCCUUCAUAAGGACCGAGACGACCUGAAGAGCCACAUCGCCUCACUGCCCCUCGGAGGCUGCGAGGUCAGCCCCGGCCUGGAUCACAAACACCCCUUUGCCUUCCGCCUGCUGCGUAACGGCCAGGAGGUCGCUGUCCUGGAGGCCUCGUCCUCUGAGGAGAUGGGGCGCUGGUUGGGGAUUUUACUGGCUGAGACGGGCUCCACCACAGACCCUGCCACCCUGCACUACGACUACAUUGACGUCGAGACCACCGCCAAUGUCAUCCAGCUGGCCAAGCAGUCCUUCUGUUUCACCAGUAAGCGUGCAGUCUCUCCUAACCCGUACCUGGACAACCCAGUCAACGGCUACGCCUGCCCCACUGGUAUGGCUCUGCACUAUGAUGAUGUGCCCAUUAACGGAAUGCUGAAAGGAAAGAAGGGAACAGGGCCCAAUGGGACGGCAUCCAAACAGAAGGCCGAGCCAAAGAACCAGCCAAAGAAGAAUGGAGUCAAUGGAACCAAUGGGACAGCAUCCCUGAAACGCAACAGCUCCAAUGCAGAGCAGUGUAAGUACGGUAAGAACCGCGUGGAGGCGGAUGCCAAGCGGCUGCAGGGCAGGGAGGAGGAGCUGAUGAAGAAGAAGCAGGAGAUCAGGAACCACCUGAGCGUGCUGAAGAAGGACAGGAAAGAGCUGCGCAUGGCCGUGGAAGCUGCUGCCGGCAAACGGUCACUGGCCUCGCUGUCAGAGCGCCUGAAGAAGGUAGAGGAGGACUGCAGGCGGAGGGAGGAGGAGCGGGUGAACCUGGAACUGGAGCUGACGGAGGUGAAGGAGAGCCUGAAGAAAGCCCUGAGCGGUGGGGUCACCCUGGGCCUCACCAUCGAACCGAAGGCUGGCUCCUCUGGAGUCCAGUCGCCGGCGAUGUUGCGGCGGACCCAGGAGUCUUCUCCCUUCUCCAGCUGCGACACUAGUGACACGGAGUCCUGCUCCCUGCCGGUCAACAGCGCCUCGCUGCUGCGCCGUCAGCCGGGCGGCCAGAAGGCCUCGUCCGUCCGGGGACACGUCCUCAGGAAGGCCAAGGAAUGGGAGCAGAAGACCGGCACAUAAUACGCCCAGCCCUCACAGCACACUUACUUUCAUUUCUUUUUUCUUUUUAAGAAAUUUUGUAUAUAUUUAUUUAAAACUGUCCAUACAGUCCGAGAUUGUGUUGAGGAGCACACAAGCAUGAACAAAGCCAGUUGCUGCUUUUAGUAUAAUUAGAGUAGCGCAACAUACAGACCAAGCAACCUUUUUAAACUGUUUGACCAAUGAGCAUGCUUAACCCUCGUGUUGUCUUCCCGUCGACCUGCAACUUUUAGUUUUUCUGAGUCAAACUUUUAAAUGAAAAACCUUUAUCAAUGUUUUGGUCUUCUUUUUCAAAACCUCUGUGGCUUUCCCCGAUGUUUUUGGCACUUUUUCAAACAUUUGUCAACUUUUUCUAAGCCUUUUGAAGUUUUUGUG